AUGGAGCUGCCAACUCUGAACCUGAGCGAGACUCCCAUCCGCCACGAGGACUCGCCCCUGAGCCUUUCUACCAAGUUCCUCGAUGGCCUGGCCGACAUCAUGGCACCCACAAACUGCCGCCAUUGCGACCACUACCUCGUCCUCUCCAUUGGCAGCCGCUCGGGACUCGUCGAACGCCUGCUAGCAGACACCAUAAAGGCGCGCACUCCCCCCGGCAAUGAGCCCAGGAUCACAGUGGAGGGCGUCCAGGUGGAGACCGAGCUGGCCGGCGCCCCUAACAAAUACCUGCCCGAGACAGCCCUCUCCAAGAUCCCCAGCGCAUCUGACGUUACCCCGCGACUCCAGGACCCGGACGUGUCAGCCCUGAUGUUCAUCUACCCGCAUCACCCCGACAUUGUGUCGCAGCACAUCAGAGGCAUCGUCGAGGCCGGGCUCAACAUCGGAACGGUCGUCUGGUUAGGUCCGACCGACGAUUGGGUGAAUUACGAGCCCUGCUUCGCUGGGUAUUAUGGCUGGAAGCGCGUCCUAGAAGUGUAUCCUGGGGAGAAGGUUGGCCUGGACAAGUCGGAGACCCUUGCUGUUUGGCAGAAGUAA